CAGUUACGGUUAGGGUUUUCGGUUCCGGUUUUUUGGCCAGGAACGGUUAAUUACUGCUUUGCUCUGUACCUGCAACAACACUUGAGAUCCGAGUCGUGUAUCUCUGAUCAAUUGAUAACACGAUAAUUCAAGUUCCAGCAAUCUAGUUUACAGAAGAAAAUGGAAUCGAAUCAUCCUCACUUCAAGAUAAUUUUGGGGUCUUCUUCGAUUGCUCGACGUACGAUACUAACAGAGAUGGGAUACCAAUUCACUCUCAUGAGUGCUGAUAUUGAUGAGAAAAGCAUCCGUAAGGAGAAACCUGAAGAUUUGGUUUUGGCUUUAGCUGAGGCAAAGGCUGAUGCUAUUGUUUCAAAACUCGAAACUACUAAAUGUGUGGAUGAGGAAAAACCUACAGCCUUGAUUUCAUCAGAUACAGCUGAAGCGAUCAUGGAGCGGAUACCUGAUGGUGACAACAUAGAGGAGGAUAAGUCGACCUUACUUAUUACUUGUGACCAAGUGGUAGUCUAUGAAGAUGCCGUCAGAGAGAAACCCUCGAAUCCCGAAGAAGCUAGGGAGUACAUAAGAGGCUACUCCAAUGGACACACAGCAACAGUGAGUUCUGUGGCUGUAACAAAUCUCAAAACAGGAUUCAGACAAGCAGGCGUUGAUAGAGUGGAGAUCUAUUUCAAUGAAAUACCGGAGGAGACUAUAGAGAAACUGAUUGAGGAAGGUACGGUGCUUAAGGUGGCUGGUGCACUCCUAAUCGAACAUCCUCUAAUAUUGCCAUGCGUUAAGGAAGUGGCUGGGACAACGGAUAGUGUGAUGGGUCUGCCCAAAGACUUGACUGAGAAACUGAUAAAGGAAGUAUUGGCAAGCACAUAGGUUACAUUCCUGGUCUUUGAGACAUAACAUGAACAAAAAGUUUUUGUUAAACUAGUUGUGUUACUUCCUCGUUGUAUCUCACUAAACCUUUAGAUUGGAAUUUGGUAUUUUCUUACUGCUGUAGCAUUAGAGGCUUUGAAACA